UCCGGCUGGUGCGCACACUCAGAGCGGCGGAGCUCCGAGUCCCACAGCGAGGACACAGGGCAGAGGACAAGAAGACGGGAGGACACAUCACUUUUGAACAACAAACCGCAUCCGAUCGGACUCAUGGCUGUCAACGAGUCGGAUAUCUUUCUCAGGGCGACGCAGCGCACGUUCCGCGGGCUGACUGAAGAUGUGGAGGGGGAGUGGAGAGGUCCGUUCUGUUUCAUCCAGGGUGCAGACCCUCAGCUGGGCUUGAUGAAGUCAUGGAAAGAGGGCGGAGAAGGAGAUGAGUGGGCGGAGGAAGUGGAGCUCACCAAACAGGCUGUGGAGGCGAUGAACAGACUACAGCCCAGACCCAGGUUCAUGGUGCUGUGUGGAGACCUGGUCCAUGCCAUGCCAGACACGCCGUACAGAGAAGAGCAGGUGAGGGAUCUAAAGGCAGCAUUGAAGGGCACAGACCCAUCCAUCCCGCUGGUGUUUGUCAGCGGGAACCAUGACCUUGGAAACACCCCCACGCCCAAGACAGUGGAGCAGUACUGCAGCCAGUGGGGAGACGACUAUUUUAGCUUCUGGGUGGGCGGGGUGCUGUGCCUGGUACUGAACUCCCAGUUGUUCUUCGACGCCUCCGCCUGCCCGCAGCUGAAGGAGGCCCAGGAGACGUGGCUGGAGCAGCAGCUGUGCCGAGCCUCCGCUUCCUCUCCCUCGGAGCACAAACCCAAACAUGUCCUGGUCUUCCAACACAUCCCCCUGUACCUCAAGAGUCCAGACGAGGAGGACGAUGAGUACUUCAACCUGCCAGGGACUAUCCGACAACAGCUGAUAGACAAGUUCAAGAGGGCAGGGGUGAAGGCGGUCUUCUGCGGACAUUACCACAGAAACGCCGGAGGGUGCCACGGCGGUCUGGACGUGGUGGUGAGCUCGGCCGUGGGGUGCCAGCUGGGGGACGACACCCACGGGGUCCGGGUGGUGGUGGUGACCGAGGGAGAGGUCACCCACCGCUACUACAGCCUGGAGCAGCUCAGAACACAGGGGAUCGAGCAGGACUUGAAGAAACUAUUACAAGGAUAAAUCAGGAAAUGUCCAAACUUGAUACUUGAGAUUACAUAUACUGACCUCAAUGAUUAACUUUAAUACCAGCCUCAAGCAAUCACUGCCUUAUAUCAAGAAUACUCAGAUUUUUCAGAAUAUUAUCAGUACGAAUAAAAGUACCAUUAUUGCAAAAUUCAGUGUAGCAAACUAAUGUUGUCUCUCUCACAGUAUUGCUGAAUAAAUUUGUUUACAACAGACCUAGAGCAUCGGCACAGCUACUACAAAUGGGAUUUUUUUGUGAGAAAAAUGUGAAUUUCUUAAAAUGUUGUGUACUAAUUUAUUAUUUUUCUUCUCUUUUCUUUAAAAUGUGGUAACCUUGAUACUGUCACAACCACAAUGACACAGCGUUUACUACAGUCCCCAAUAUUUAAAGGGCAUAUAUUGCAGUUUUCUUUGUUGUUUCCUCAUCACAAACAUACCUGGAGUUUCAUUUUGUUCCAUUCACACAUAUUUAACACACAAACUACAUAUUUAGGCCGGGUUCUUUUCUCAAACGUGAAAGCUGUGUUCCACCUUGUGAUGUCAUGUGGCUAAACAAUUAAGUCGCCACUGUGUUUUUAAACUCCAUACAUCUUCACUAGAAUCAUUUUGAUCAAUUUCAGCCCUGGAAUUGGCCAGAAUCUCUCCGGAAGGUAAACAGGAGCUGUUAACUUGAAAACUACCACUACAUGACAUCACAAGGUGGAACAUUUGGAACAUGGAGCAUUCUGAGCUUUGGACAACUCUGGGUAUGUUCUUAAGGAGAUAACAACGUUAUGGCUGGUUGCAAAACGUAGGGAUUCACCAAGGCUGGGUAUCAUUAAGCCGAUACGAUACAUACCUCGAUACAGUGAGCUUUCGAUUCGAUACAAUUCGAUAUAUUUUUCAAACUGUUUCAAUAAAAAAUAAUGGCUAAAUCAUGGCCGUGAUACUAUAAGUCUUUAUUAAACCACUUCUUGUGCAAAGUUCAUAUGAAACACAAACAUUUUAAUCGUAAAAACUGAAAAUGUCAAAUGUGUCGCAUAAAUGAGUUUCUUUCCUCUAAACAAACAACAAAACUGUAGCUUUAAGAAAAUAUUUCUGUAAAAUAUACCAAAAAAUACGCUUGGUGAUAUAUUUAUACUACAGCCCACGAUACUACUAAUACUGUAUCAUCACGUUCAACAAUGCGAUAUAUCGUCAUUUUGAUAUUUUUGUGUACCCCUAGGAUUCACAUCAUUAUAUUAAACUAAAUCAUAAAACUACAAUGAUAAGUCUAUAGUAUAUUACUCUCUCUCCUAUUACUAACUUGGUCUUAAAAGUGACUUUAUAUUCUGCACUUUCUCAAAGCAAAAAAACAAAAACAAUAAAAAACAAUACCUUCACACUCUACUGUGUUAAAUACAAUAUGCAGUUUGAGCCACUGUUGUCAGAUUCAACCUCAGCAUCCUAGUGUAUUACAAGCCUCUGUGCCCAAGUUGGCCUUUUUUCAUCAUCCACAUUUUUCUCUUCCAUGUUUCUCUUGUUUUUUUCCCACUUAACAAAUAAUUGAUCAAAUACAACACAACAGAGAACUUGUACCCAAAAUCAUUCUAUGCAAUACCAUUUUGUCGCUUUUCUGAUUGUGUAAGAGUCAACUUUUAUUGCUUUGCCUGAAAUGUUCCACGUUAUAUGGCAUUAAAUUAAACAUAUAUUUUUAUUCAACGAAA